AUGGUCGAGGGAGGCGUCGCUCAGGAUGCGGCGAGCGCGGCGCAACCGCCAGAGACGGACGCAAGGCUGCAGGCGGCGGCGGUCACGGUCCAGCGCCACGUGCGCGGGAUGCUGGCGCGAAAGGACGUGGACGUGCACAGGCGCAUUCUGAGGGCGCGGGACCGCAUGGAGCGCAUCAUGCGCGCGCACAGGGAGCGGUCGGCGGUAGUCCUGGACGAGCAGCGCCGCAUGGAGGCCAUGAACCCGGUCGAGCUCGAGCGGUGGACGCGGGAGCGCGAGCGCGCCGCAACCGCCAUCCAGGCGGCCUGGCGCGGGCACCUCCAGCGCCGCGCGACCGCACGGCUCCACCCCCACUUCCCCACCCCUGCCCUCCCACGCGCCCCGCUUCGAGAGUCCUCGAGCCUCGGCGACCACUCCCGCCUCGACCCCUCCAUCACAGCGUCCCUCCCGGACUCCGUCCGCGCCGUGCUCACCGCCGUGUCCUCCCCGCGGGCCUCCGCGCCCACCGCCGCCGCCGCAGUGGCCAAUCCCGACGUCUGGGGGAGCACGCUCGCCCCGGACGGCACGCUCGCGAUCGGCGCGGAGCGCCGCGCGGCCCUCGCGGCGCAGAUCGCGGACGACGUCGCCGCCACGCGCGCCGCCCACCAGCUCCCCCUCGACGACGCCGCAGCCCGCGCCCUCGCGGAGCGGUGCGCCGAGCUGUGCCGCGAGCGCGACGCGCGGCGCGUCGAGUCCACCGCCGCGGUCUUCCGGCAGCGGCGCCUGCGGCUCCAGGUCGCGGCUCUGCAGCGGUCGCUUGCGCAGCGCACGCCGCUGUUGGAGCUGCCCGAGGGCCUGCAGCCGCACCAGGUGCCCGUGCCGCCGAAGGGGUCGACGCGGCGGGCGGCGGCCGCGCGCGCGCACGCGCUGGCGCUCGCGGAGAGCGGCGUGCCGGGCCUGGGGUGGUGGAGAGGACUCGCCGACGUGGGGGGGGAGUUGGGGGAGUUCGACGCGGAGUUCGAGGCGCUGGACGCGCGCGCCGCGGCGGCGGAGGAGCACUGGCGGCGCACGGUUGCGCGGGAGCAGGCGGCGCCGCGGUUGUAG